AUGUGGGAAUUUUCAGAGUACCAGAUUGAGAGUGCGGAAUUUAUCUACACCAGUUUUACACACGUGACGAAUCUUUUGAUGAAUUGUAGUAAUGCUUCGCGCUUUGCAAAUUCAACCUUAUUAACUCAGUCCUUUCCCUCACAAGGGUGGUCGACCUACUCGUGCGCUCAGUGUCCGUACCGCGCCAUAUCGAAGUCAAAGCUUGCAGCGCACCUGCGAACCCAUACUGGAGAAAAACCUUAUUCCUGUUUGCAAUGUUCAUUUAGCACGUCUUUUGAAAGUAAUCUGAAGGUCCACAAGCGCGUUCAUACAGGGGAGAAGCCCUUCACGUGUCCACACUGCCCUUCGCGUUUCGCCCAGAAGAUCCACCUGAAAGGAACAAGGAACCAUUCCCAUCGCCAACUUUUAAAUGAAAGCAAAAUUGCAAGAGCUCAUUAUUUACAUAACUUACAACUGGCAAGUAUGGGAGUCAAUGUUAGCGUUGUACCGGUAGUGGUCAGGCCCGAGGUCAGGGGUCAGGGGCGUCGCCUAUAUAAGUCUGGACCUCGAGACGGCAUCCCGUAA